ACCAGACAAUAGCAGCAAUGAAACACUUUUUGAUCUUUGCUCUGGCUGCUCUUGUCAUUCUUCAGGCUUCGUCGGCAUUUAAGAUAAAAAGGAUUAUAUAUGUGGUGCCAGCGACCACAACGACAACGGCAUCACCCACAUCAGCAACCACAACAACCACAGCGGCUCCUGCCGUCGUUCAGCAAGUAAUCUUCUGCUCCUGGAAGAAUAAUUGGUGUCGUCCCGCAAAUUCCGUGAGGAAUUGCAAGUGGGGCCUCUGCAAGUUCAACGGAUAGAAUUCAAUAAAAAAUCGGUAGUUAUUUUUUAGCACAAA